AUGUGCGUGACUUUGCAUCAGAGCGUGCAAUUGCAGCUACCAAUGGCGAAAACAAUCACCACAUAUUGUUCCAGAAUUCUCGUCGGUCUACUGGCAUUCGCUAUGCUUGCGGAUCAAGCACCUUCAACAGAUGGCGCCAGAAUACUUGCAGUCUACGCAGCUGAGACCGUAAGUCACUACCAGAUGCAUCGAACUCUAAUUAGCGAGUUAGUGAAACACGGCCAUGAGGUCACUAUGAUAACCGCAAUCACGCUUGAACCACUCAAAUUGGGCAGCAACUAUACAGAGAUACUCAUUGAACCAGCGUUUGAUUCAUGGAAGUUUGUUAAGGAAAUUAUCGGGAAAAAAACAAACCUAGAAAUGGAAAAUAGUUUAUCGACUUAUUUUGAAAUCAUAAAGUAUGUGGCUGUGCUAGGUAACGAACACACGUUAAAGCAGCCAAAAGUACAGGCUCUUAUAAAUGCCAAAAGAACAGAAGGCGUUUACGAUCUGCUACUGGUAGAGCAAUUGCAUCAAGAAGCCUUUCUUGCCUUGGCCCACGUCUACAAAAUACCCGUUGUCAGUUCAGCCACAUUUGCACAACAAAAUUACAUGAGCCAAAUGUUCGGCUAUGUGACACCUUGGUCGCAUGUGCCUAUGGAAUUUCUAGCAUUUUCUGAUCGCAUGAGCUUUUGGGAACGCGCUCUAAAUAGCCUUUGCUCACUUCGCCUUGAUUUAUUCCGUGAAUUUGAGUAUUUUCCGAAAAUGGAUGCGCUUGUGCAGAAAUACUUUGGACAUUUGCCAAUUGAAUUCCCCAGUGUUUCGGCGAUGGAGAAGAAUCACUCUGCUAUAUUAAUCAACAACUACACACCAUUAGCGUUCGCUGAACCUAAAAUGGACAACAUGAUUUUUGUCGGUGGUUUGCACAUCAAUCCACCAAAGCCACUACCCACCGAUUUGCAGAAAUUCUUAGAUGACGCAGAACAUGGUGCUAUUUACUUCAAUCCCUAA